AUGGCUGCACUGGAGGGAAGCGGGACUGCCCGGGCUGCCGGCACCGCGGAGUGGGGUAAGCGGGCGGAGGAAGCGGCGCAGCCCCGGCGGAGCAGCGGGACCCCCGCAGACACCGAGUGGGACCUGUCGGGGGUCCUCGGGGGGGCACAGACCGGGGAUUCCGUGCUGGAAGUCUGGGGUCGUCCAGCCUGGAGCGAUGGGAAGCCGCGGGAGGACCGGCCCCGGGGCCGGCAGCGCUGGGUAGAAGCUGGCAAGGCUCAUCCAAGAGGAUCCGGGUCCCCAGCUCAGCCUGAGAUGCACCUUGGCACUGGGAGCACCGGUUGCAGGCUGGUGGGAGCAGCCACGAGGGACAUGCUGGGAUCUGGAUACCUUCGGAGCCUUGUCCAGCUCGCCUGGAUGUGCCUGUUCUCUGUGCCGCACGGCGGGGCCAAGGUGCUGGAGAAGACCUUUGAGGAGUGGCUGCGGUACCGUGACGAGUGUCUGAGGAGGAUGGCGAGCGAGCCCUACCCAGCAGGGCUGUUCUGCAACCGGACGUUCGACAUGUAUGCCUGCUGGCCCGACGGGAGCCCCGGCACCGCUGUCAACGUCUCCUGCCCCUUCUACCUGCCCUGGUUUGAGAAAGUGAAACACGGGCUGGUGAGUCGCAGGUGCGGUGCCGACGGGCAGUGGGUGACGGUGAAUGGCAGCCAGCCCUGGAGGGACUACUCCCAGUGCGAGGAGGAGAUGGAGGUCACGGCUGAGGAGGAGGGUGCCCGCAGGCUGAUGGUCAGCUUCAGGGUGCUCUACACCGUGGGGUACUCGCUGUCCCUCCUCACCCUCAUCUCUGCCCUGCUCGUCCUCACCGUCUUCAGGAACCUGCGCUGCACCAGGAAUUACAUCCACGCCAACCUGUUCGCCUCCUUCGGGCUGCGGGCGACCUCGGUGAUGGUGAAGGACGCGCUGCUGGAGCGGCGCUGGGGCGUGGAGCUGGUCAGGGUGGCUGACUGGGAGGCUCUGCUGAGCCACGAGGCGGCGCUGGGGUGCCGGGUGGCGCAGGUGCUGAUGCAGUACUGCAUCCUGGCCAACCACUACUGGUUCCUGGUGGAAGCCAUCUACCUCUACAAGCUGCUCAUCGGGGCCGUGUUCUCCGAGAAGAAUUACUACAGGCUCUACCUCUACCUGGGCUGGGGGACCCCCGUGGUGUUCGUGGUGCCCUGGAUGGCAGCCAAGUACUUGAAGGAGAACGCAGAGUGCUGGGCACUGAACGAGAACAUGGCUUACUGGUGGAUCAUCCGCAUCCCCAUCCUGCUUGCCUCCCUGAUCAACCUGCUCAUUUUCAUGCGGAUCCUCAAGGUGAUCCUGGCCAAGCUCCGAGCCAACCAGAAGGGCUACGCUGACUACAAACUGCGGCUGGCCAAAGCCACCCUCACCCUCAUCCCCCUCUUCGGUAUCCACGAGGUUGUCUUCAUCUUCGCCACUGACGAGCAAACCACGGGCAUCCUGCGCUACAUCAAGGUGUUCUUCACCCUCUUCCUCAACUCCUUCCAGGGUUUCCUGGUGGCCGUGCUGUACUGCUUUGCCAACAAGGAGGUGAAGUCUGAGAUGAAGAAGAAGUGGCAGCUGUGGAAGCUCGAGUGCCCGGUGCUCUGCUGUGCCCAGUGAUGCAGAGGCUGCCCCGCAGAGCCAGGGCAGAGGGGCUGCUGGCCACGACGGCCACGAGGGCCCAGCUGCAGG